GUCCGAUAUGUUUUUACAUGGUCUCACUAAAGUGAAAAACUUUUUUCAAUAAAAAUUAAAUAAAAGAAAAAUGAAAUACAAAUAAAACGGGUCUCUUAGAUUGUUGGGUCGGGUAUGUGGCUGACUAGGCAGUAAAAGGUGUCAUUUUCAUCCUCUCUGUCAGUCCAGUCAACACUUUCAUUUGCCAUGUCAUAAAAAAUCUAACGACGUUAACGGAGUCUGACGGAGGGUGACCAACGGUGAUAUGAAUCGUAAAGUUAGUGGUUAUUAUGAAAAAAAAAGUAAUUUGAGUGACAAAUGUGAAAAAUUUAUAUAAUUUAUAUAAUUCGAGUGACGUGUAAUUUAGCCUAUAUUUCACUAUCGGAGUGCAGUUUUCGUGACUUUCGUGAGCAUUGCAAAACCCCUGCGCGAGCUUGCUUUGCUUGUCGCCGGAGGAGAAGAAUACGCCGAAAACGAAAACCUCAAAAUUGAGCAGCUUUGGCCAUCGUUCCUCCCUUCUUUGUGUUGCGCUUCAGAUCCAUAGCGGUGGCCGGCGAACGUGGUAUCCGUCUAAUCAUUGAUUCCCCUCGGAAGCCUAGGAAAGUCUGGAAUUCCGUGUGAAUCUUGCGCUCUCUUUCCGUAGGGUUUUGGCUGCUUUCACUUCUUCUUGCGUUUCCGGGGAAAACCCUAGCUGUAUGUUUUUCGCCGAGAAAUGAAUUUAUGUAGAUGGGAUUUUCAGCUUCCGUUGGGUUUUAUGAUCUUGAAAUGCCAACAAUGGGCUACAUGACCGGCGGUGAUAGGAAGCGGGAUUUGUAUUCUUCUUUGGCGCCGUCGUUCUCUCCGGAUUCUUUUCCGACAUCGAAAAGGCUCAAAAUUUCGCCCAUUCACGCCCCGGGACGGACCCCGGGGCCUUCCAUUAGUACCGUCGACAAGCUCUUCCGGUACCCUGAAACGACGAGGAAGCUGCGCCGGGAAGUCCACGCCCCUUGUAGGAAUUUGAAAUACGGGCUGGGAGCUCUUCGGUGUAAACCUGGUGGGGACAAAGAGAGUGAGAAGGUCGAGAUGUUGUCUUCUGCGUACGAUUAUGCAAGGAGAGCAGCGGUUGAAACUCUUAGGUUUUUCGGGGUAGGCAAGAGACCACCUAAAGUGGAUGAGCAGCCUGUGAAGCCGAGUAACCAUGUCUUGGUGUCCGAUGAUUCGAGUAUGGAAGAAGUUCAGGUCACUGAUGACAAUGAUGAAAAUGGUGUUAGGUCUAUGGUUUUGGAUGAGCCAGUGAAUGAGCAGGAGAAUGAUGAUGAUGUUAGGAUCGUUGGAGACCGGUCUGUGGUUACUCCGGAACGAAAUUUGUCGGAGGAGAAGACUAGGGAGAUGGUGGAUUCUUUGGCUUUGGACCGAAGUGGUUUAUCUGUUGAGGUGUAUAAGAAACUCUUGGAUGGUGCCCAGAGGAGAGACCCAAAUGUUUUGCAGCCUCAGAUUGAAUACUAUGAGAAGAAGAGGGCUUCAUUGCAGGCCUUACGGUCUAUGAGGAAACCGUUGGAAAAACCUGUUGAGGAGAUACCUCGUGAACCUUUUAUACCCCUUACAAAGGAGGAAGAAACAGAAGUGAAGCGUGCACUCUUACCUAACAACAGGAGGAAGCUCUUGGUUGCUCACACUAAUUCAGCCAUUGACAUUACAGGAGAGGUAUUGCAGUGCCUUUCACCAGGCGCCUGGUUAAAUGAUGAGGUCAUCAAUCUCUACCUGGAGUUGUUGAAAGAAAGGGAGAAGAGAGAGCCACAAAAGUUUCUGAAAUGUCAUUUCUGUAACACCUUCUUCUACAAAAAGUUGCUAGGUGGUGAUAAGAAAGUAUAUGACUAUAAGGCUGUUAAAAGGUGGACCACAGAACGAAAAUUGGGAUACAUGCUGGUUGACUGUGAAAAAAUAUUUGUUCCCAUUCACCGAGAAAUUCACUGGUGCUUGGCCAUUAUUAAUAGGAAGGAUCGGAAAUUUCAGUAUCUCGAUUCACUCAAAGGAAGGGACUCUCGCGUGCUGAAAAAUCUGGCUAGAUAUUAUGUCGAGGAAGUGAAGGACAAGAGCAAAGUAGACAUUGACUUAAGUGAAUGGGAAUACGAGUUCCCUGAAGACCUGCCAGAACAGCAAGAAAGAACUGUUUCGGGUCUCAAAACUGGUCUAAGCUCUCUCUUUCUUUUUCAUGCAACAAACAGGUAUGACUGCGGAAUGUUCAUGAUAAAAUAUGCCGAUUUUUAUAGCAGAGGCUUAGGCCUUUGUUUUUCCCAGGAAACCAUGCCGUACUUCCGGCUGAGGACAGCCAAGGAGAUCCUGAGACUGAAGGCCGACUAAUGAAGGCAGCAAACGAUCCACAGCUAAUGAGAAUGCCGGCGGGCAGCAUCACAACUUAAAGAGAGGAGCUUUUUGUCACUAAGUGUGCAAAUUGUAGGCCUUCCAUACACUUUCAGGAAUCAAAGGAAAGUGCCCUAGUUCCCUGCUUGUGAAUAGUCUCCCUGGCCAUCAACCUUGUGUAGUUACACAGAUUGUCGUCGCCUGAAUCGUUAGUAAUGAUCUAGUUCGGAUUAGUAUUCCGGUACAGGUUGAAAUAUGAUUACAAACUGCUUGUGAGAAGUGGUGCUGAUUGUUUUUGGCGUGCAGUACUUGAUACUAGCAGUAAGCUUUUUUUGUCAAUCUUUUGGGGGGCGUCCAUACCAUAAUUAUAUGGACAUUCCAUUUGUUUUUUUUUUCUUUCGUUGUGGACUUCGAAUUGUCUCUGGCAAAUUUUGGAAGAUCUAUAAUUCUUGCCCCAUCUUUUCCAUCUUUACUCGUAACAAUUGUGCAUUCUGUUGUGGUGAGUGAGUACAUGAUGCAUUAUCAAAUACAA